GACAACAGAAAAGUGAACCAGGAAACCGAGGCUGCUAAACUGACCCACCGCCCCGGUCUGACGGUUAAACGGCAGUUUUAACGUUAGUAAUAACACAGUAUAUCAAUACAGGAUUUGUAUUUGGUAUUUAAGUUGAUACAAACCAGCGACAUGGCGUCCCUUUUCAAGAAGAAGACUGUCGAUGACAUAAUCAAGGAACAGUCUAAAGAGUUGCGUGGCACUCAGAGACAAAUCACCAGGGACAGAGCAGCGCUGGAGAAACAAGAGAAACAAAUGGAGGCAGAGAUCAAGAAAAUGGCAAAGAGUGGUAACCGCGAGGCAUGUAAGAUCCUCGCCAAGCAGUUGGUCCAGCUGAGGAAGCAGAAAAACCGGACAUACGCCGUCAGCUCUAAGGUCACCUCCAUGUCUACGCAGACAAAGGUCAUGAACUCCCAAAUGAAGAUGGCCGGUGCCAUGUCCACCACAGCCAAGACAAUGCAAGCAGUGAAUAAAAAGAUGGAUCCUCAGAAGACCCUGAAGACCAUGCAGGACUUCCAGAAGGAGAACAUGAAGAUGGGCAUGACAGAGGACAUGAUCAAUGACACUUUGGAUGAGAUCUUUGAUGAGUCUGGGGAUGAGGAAGAAUCCCAGGACAUUGUCAACCAGGUUCUGGAUGAAAUCGGCAUUGAGAUCUCAGGAAAGAUGGUUAGAGCUCCAGCUGCAGGAAAGAGCGUCCCCGGCGCUGCCUCCUCCAAACAAGCCACCAUCUCUGACGACGAGAUCGAGAGACAGCUCCGAGCACUGGGAGUGGACUAAUCGCCAUCUUUGUAUUAAUGUUCACAUUAAGAACAAGUGCAACAUUAAUACUGAUUUAUACAGACUCUGCUAUGGUUCAAAUUCUACAGGUGUAACAAAGGGUGUACACCAACACACACACACACACACACACACACACACACACACACACACACACCCACACCUGACAUUAAGAUGUACAUUAACACAAACAUAUUCUCACAUUCUUCGACAGGUGCAGAUCAUUAACACAGAACAUCUGAUCUAUUUAUGCGAAAAUAAUAUUUAUUAUGACAUCAGAGUGGCCAUAGCCUGAAGGUGGACCAAUAAUAGAUGCUUGACCUGAGGAACCACCUACACUGUUGUUCACCACCCAUCUCCGUCUUUAUAAGGGCUACAUUGACUGACAAUGGAUGGUACACGGUAAUUAAAAAGAGCUUAAUGGUUGUCAGUUAACAGAUGGAACUUGUAUUUCUCCUACUCACACUGUUUGCCUGCUAUCUUUGUUACCAUUUGUUCAUUUAAGACCCAUCAGAUUUACUUUCUCUCUCAUGAAAACAUCUCCUGGGCAAGUUUUCUGUUAUUAUGGGUAAAAUGCUGUUAAUUGAUUCCUUUGUCAUCAACAGAGUACCAGAGAUAGGACUCAGUUACUUUACCGUGCAAGUGAAAGGAAGAAAAUGCAUCAUUACCCAGUUGAUAACUGUCACCACACAAAGCAAGCAAACUGGUCGAGUAGAUCAUUAAUUAUCAUGUUUUUAAAAUCUUGGUAGUGAAGACAGACAUAUGCAUGUGAAAUGUGUAACUGACAUUGAUGCCGUUGGGCGAGGUUAAGGCCUUUACUUUACUUGCAUGAGAUGAUGAGACAGAUUGAUCUGAGUGCAAACUGCCUGGUAUCUAAUUAGCACUGCGGAAGCUCCAACGCUGUAUAGACUAAACUUCACCAAACACAAAUUAGGACUAAUGAAAAACUAGCAUAUCAAAGAGUUUGGAAUCGAUUGUUUGAUACUACUGAGUAAUCAAAUGAGUUUGUUUUUUUGGCUUCUUGGUUGUUGCUUGCUAUCUGAUUGUAUUGUAUUUUAUUUUGGACUUGGGAUUUACACAGUGAUUGUAGGAUGGCACUGGUCCUGCAGUCCCUCUUCUCUUUCAGCUGCUGUGCAGUUACUGUCAUUUGUGGUUUUAAGCUGCCUCAACAACAAAUAGACACACACACACACACACACACACACUACACCACUGCGAGAAAAUGAUGGAUGUGUUUGCUAAAAUGACACUGUGAUCUAAGAGACGUUUUCUCUUGUUCAGAGCCGAAGCGGAUUUCUCUAUACAGUGAUUUGUUAAUGUCAGCCAGCUUCAGGCUUUAUGAGAGCAACAGGCAUCUGCUCAUAUUAAUGUAGUCUUUAUCUUUCUCCAGCCGUUUGUUUCCACACUGAUUCCCAUUGCUAAAAUAAUUUUUUUUCAAAUUUUCAUGCAUGUAUCUGACAUGCUCAAUUCACAAUUCAUAUUUUGUUUGUAAAUCAUUCUUACCUUUACCUUCUAACACUCUCUUGUGAUAAUUUGAGCGGAAACAGAUUUUGACAUUGAGUGCUGUUCCAUUUGGAAGUUCCCCCUUUUUAAAAGGUGUACAAUAUGUAUACUCAUCUUUGUUUUCUUCCAUGUCAUUGUAAAGUGACUGUGUAAAGGGUUUAUGGCUUUUAUAAGGAAUAAAGUUUCUUCAGGUACGAUGUGGUGAUUGUACAG